AUAUCGCUUAUUUCUCCUUCACAUUGGAAAUCCAAAGCCUAUCAGCUGGAAAAGCAACCCGUCUUAUUUGGAAUACAAUUUAUUUUAGAAGUUCAUCUUCAAGUCUGUACUACAGCUAGUAGACUCAUGGAUUAUGUAUAAAACCGCAUUGUAAUUAAAACAACAAUAAAACCGACACAACACAUGAAUGUACAAUCUAACACCGGAAAUACUAAAUAGUUCGUUCCUACAAGUGACGGAAGAGAUAAUGAUUACCUGAAAAAUAGGACCAGUAACAUUUAGACUAUGGCAGUACACAAGCCGAGAGUUGCAUUUAAAGAUGUGACACCUGGAGAUGAACAGUGUCCCAUUCCAUCGGUAACACAAUCAGUAGACGGUUUUGGAUCAUCUACUAAAUCACCCUUGCCUUCAAAGCCAGCUGUAAGACCAAAACUACGACUUAACCUGCCAGGUCACCAGCCAUAUUUACAGUCAUCAUUACAGCCGACAAUAUCUGACUUCCGGUUUGAUGAUUCGGACUUAACCUUCAAAUCGAGGCGAACACCCGUGUUAUCAAUGACUAAACCUUACAUACCAACGACGUCAAAAACCAAUAUAAUAAGUCCAGUGUUUGAACCUAUAUCUAAACCGUUGCAUUCGUCUACUGUUAGUAGGCAUGGACUUGAACUACACUUUGCUAAAGACACAGACUAUCCAAAACCUGAGGUGCCUUCAUCAAGACGGAAAAGGUCAAGUGUUUCAAGAGAACCGAGUGACAUUGACAAUGCAUACAAAGAGUCACUCAGGAAAUACCAAGUAGAUAACUGGAGGCAUUUCUUUGAGUGGCCUGGAAGCCAAAAACCUGGAGAGAUAAGAGUUGAAGAAAUUCGCCGGUUGUUGAGGAAUUCUUUAUUUGUUAAAGAUAUGGACACUCACACAAUUGAAGUUUUGCAGAUGAAGUGUAUGGAACCUGAGAGACGUAAUAUGACGUAUCAGGAGCUCGUAGAUUUGAUGAGUAAUAAAAGAACACCAAGUUUUAGACUAGCUGUUGAUGGUCAGAGUAAAGAAACACUAGAAUGUCUAAGUAGGAAAGAUAGAACUACUUUUUUUCAAGUGAUGGUGCGUGCAGUAGCCCGAAAUUUUUUGACAGAUGACGUUGAAAGACAGUAUUAUGCAGAUAGAUAUAAUUGCUGUCCACCGCCGAUUUUUGUUCCAGUAAUAACACUUAUUGAGAUAGCCUUGUUUGCCUAUUACUGUGUAGAGAAUGGUAAUAUAAACCAUAACGGACCAUUGCCAGUAGAGAGUGUGCUUAUCUACAGACCAGAUAAACGAGUAGAAUUCUGGAGGUUUCUAUGUUAUACCUUCAUACAUGCGGGAUGGGUACAUUUAAUCUUCAACAUGGUAGUCCAGAUAGCUGUUGGGAUUCCUUUAGAAAUGAUACAUGGAUGUCUAAGAACUGGUAUGGUGUAUAUGUCAGGAGUUUUAGCAGGUUCACUUGGAACAUCAGUAUUUGAUAUGGAAGCAUACUUGGUCGGUGCUUCUGGAGGAGUAUAUGCAUUAUUGGCAGCUCAUUUAGCUAACAUUGUUUUGAAUUAUUCAAAUAUGGAACUUGGCAUCGUGAAAUUGGCAGCGGUAUUAAUAAUUGCGAGUGCGGAUGUUGGGUUUGCUAUAUGGGACAGAUAUUCUUCAGAAGUCAAUGACACACCUGUAGGAUACACAGCCCAUCUGAUGGGAGCUUUAGCAGGACUGACAAUAGGGCUUGUAGUUUUGAAGAACUUUGAACAGAAACUCCACGAUCAGUACAUUUGGUGGAUCGCAUUAGCAGUCUAUCUAGGUUGCAUUGUGUUUGCUAUUUGUUGGAAUGUGUUGUAUUACUGAUAAAAGUGUGGGCUUUUUGUCUAUGAAAGUAAUGACAUAUCAGACCAAAUACAAUAGCAGCUUAAAGAAGGCACACAAAAGAUGUCUUAAAAAGUCAGACUUGUUUUCAAUUCAUGCGAAAGACGAUUCCGGUGAGGAUACAAUUACGAGAAUUUGAUGUUGAAAUUUUAAUUGUUAUGAAAUGUAACUAUACCAAAGAGACACUACUUAUAUGUAUUAUAAGUUUAGUACAUGUACGAUAGAAUGAUAUAUUUAUCAAAGGUUUAUAUAGUUGAAUAAUGUUAUCAAUGAAAGCUUUAGUGCACGUUGAUGAUUUAACUUA